AUGACGUGGCCGAGUAGUUACAUCCCUCGCUCCUCCACCAAACUUUCCGACUUACCCGCUGACGUCAUCUAUCUUGUCUUGAAGCGACUUCCCCCCAGCAGCGUGCGCCACCUCUCCGCCUGCAGCACGGGCUGGCGAGCCGCGUGCAGCAGCGACGCGGUUUGGCGAGCGCUGUACGCGGCGCGGUGGGGCCGAGACCUCCCCCUACCCCCCUCCUGGCGCAAUCCCGCUUCAGAGCUCCCCCUCCCCCCCUCCUGGCGCCAACGUUUCCGCCAGCGCGCAGCAGCAGUGGGGGAGACGGCGGCGCUGCUGACGUCAUUCGUGACGUCAGCAGCGCGCCAUGAUUCGCUGGAGGUGAAGGAGUACCAGGUCGCGCUGGGCCUCCUCGCGUGCUCGCGCCUCGUCUUUGCUGACGUGGCGAGACUGCUUCUUAGUCCGCAGCUGUCGGUAAGGGUUUGGACGAGAAUGGAUGCGGGGGGGAAGAGUGGGUGGGAGCGGGGGGAGGAGGGGAGGGGGAAAGGGGAGAAUGGUGGGAGAAGAGAGCGAAGGUUUGGGGAAGAGGGGGGGGUGCGGAAAAAGAGGAAAGUGGUUGAAGAAGCACCAGUUUCGCCCUUUUCCCUGCCCUUUCUUCUCUACCCCAUUUCCCCGUCGCAGCCGUCUCUCCUGCUCACUGCCCUGCAGGCCUCGGGAACAGCAAGAAGGGUGGUGUGUGUGCGGUGGUGGGUGCUGGGAGCAUGGGGCCACGUGGGAUUCCGAAUGAGAGACGAGAUGCUAACCGCCUCUGUGCAACUCAAAGAUUUUGCUGCUGCAGCUGCUGCAGCUGCUGCUGCUGCUGCCACUGCCAGUGGUGAUGAUGGCACUGGUGCUGCUCUUGCUGCUGCCAAUCCUCCUCCUGCCGCUCUUUCUGUAGCUGCCGUUGCCGAACCUGUUCCCCCUCGUCCCGAACCUGCUACCUCUCGUGCCGAGCCUGUUCUCUCCGCAGCAACACCCGAGGCUCGGAGGCUGUUGGGAGUGGUGUGCAGGGGUGCAGUGCACGAGGUAAUGCGAGUGCAGAUCGCAGCUGAUUUCACCACCAGUGCAUGGGUCGCAAGGGACAUGCACUCUCAGCUUUAG